GGGCGGUCCCGGCGCUCGGUCCUCCGCUCCGAGGGUCGCUGGGACCCCGGCAGGCGGCCCCUGGCUCUGCCUGCUGCCGCCGCGGCCUUCGCGACCACAGACCUUCCCCCCAGGCGGGGACCCAGCGCGUGCCGUGGGGGCGGGAGCCGGGUGGUUGGAGCCGCGGCGCUCGGGAGAGGUGGAGAGUUUCCUGGAUCGUCCGCUUGGGGGCAAGUUGGAGAGCUUGAGAAGCAGCCCCUCCUAUGCCUAGACAGCCAAGGCAAAGCCCAGGGCUAGAGCGUCAGCCACCAGACGCGAGAUGUUGUGAUGCCAGCUAACAGGUCUUCUCUGCUGGUUGAAAUGUCUAUGAUUUUAUCUGCAUCAGUCAUUCGCGUCAGAGAUGGACUCCCCCUUUCUGCUUCUACUGACUAUGAACAAGGCACAGGCGUGCAGGAGUGCAGAAAGUAUUUUAAAAUGCUCUCAAAGAAACUUGCUCAGCUUCCUGAUAGAUGUACACUGAAAACUGGACAUUAUAACAUUAAUUUUAUUAGCUCUCUGGGAGUGAGCUACAUGAUGUUGUGCACUGAAAAUUACCCAAAUGUUCUGGCCUUCUCUUUCCUGGAUGAGCUUCAGAAGGAGUUCAUUACUACUUAUAACAUGAUGAAGACAAAUACUGCUGUCAGACCAUACUGUUUCAUUGAAUUUGAUAACUUCAUUCAGAGGACAAAGCAGCGAUAUAAUAAUCCCAGAUCUCUUUCAACAAAGAUAAAUCUGUCUGACAUGCAGAUGGAAAUCAAGCUGAGGCCCCCUUAUCAAAUUUCCAUGUGUGAACUGGGGUCCGCCAAUGGAGUCACCUCUGCAUUUUCUGUUGACUAUAAAGGUGCUGGUAAGAUUUCUUCUGCUCACCUGCGACUGGAACCAGCAACUCUGUCAGGGAUUGUGGCUUUUAUCCUCAGUCUUUUAUGUGGAGCUCUGAAUUUAAUUCGAGGUUUUCAUGCCAUAGAAAGUGUUUUGCAGAGUGAUGGUGAAGAUUUUAAUUAUGUUGUUGCAUUUUUCCUUGGAACAGCAGCCUGCCUUUACCAGUGUUAUUUACUUGUCUACUACACCAGCUGGCGGAAUGUCAAAUCUUUUUUGACUUUUGGUUUAAUCUGUCUAUGCAACAUGUAUCUCUAUGAACUGCGCAACCUGUGGCAGCUUUUCUUUCACGUGACUGUGGGAGCGUUUGUUACGCUACAGAUAUGGCUAAGGCAGGCCCAGGGCAAGGCUCCUGAUUAUGAUGUCUGAUACCAUCCUUCAGACAUACUGCCCUGGCUUCCAAGGAAAAAGGAGGGAGCCUAUCUUAACUGCCACUGUGAUGAAGAAACUGUUCACCACAAUCCAGAAGCUCUGCUUUCUUUCUCUCCAACUAUCCUUUUUGUUUUAAGUCAGCAUGGCAUGCCUGGGAGCAUGCAGUACCUGCUAGGCAAAGUCCUCAUGUUAGCCAUGAGAUUAUUAUUAUUCAGAAGAGGAGGAGACUUCUCUCUACAGGGCCACAACAGUGGAAGAACAGUCAGAAGCUACUGGAAGACUUGGCCAGCAGUCCUGAAUCCUUCUGAAGAGUUCAAUAAAAAAAUAUGUGUGGUACAUGCUCUGAGGACCAAGCAGGAACUCUACAACCUGGGUUUGCCUUUGUGAGGCAUGAGUAUAGCCCAAAUAAAAAGAUGCUGUGAAGUUUAUGUUUAAAACAACUUGCUAAAUAUCAGAUUAUUUGCACAUUUAUGGUACAAUAAGUUUAUAAAGUCCA